AUGGGGGCUUCGGACGAGCACCAGCAACUUGUACUCCAGGAGGAGAUCGACCCGAUCAACUAUGGCGCUGUGCCAUCGGACUCGCCAGCUACGACGCCCAAGACUUGCGAUAACGACCUCGAAGACGACGUGCUGAGAGAUGGACCACCGCCGCGACUGCUGUCUCCCGAGGUGCUGGCAUUACUGAUGCAAUACGCUGGAAUUGGUUUCGUCAAUGGCGUCCUCCCUGCUGUCAUCUAUCCAGUGCUUCAAGGGUACCUAAAUGCUGAGGGAACUAUCGUCGUGUCCGCUACGGUGCUGGUCCAGCUUCCCUGGUCGUACAAGAUGUUUCUUGGAAUUCUAAGCGACUGCUUUCCACUCGGAGGCUUUCGACGUCGACCCUACAUGUUGUUGGGAUGGCUGCUUUGUUGCUGUAUGCUCUUCAUGAUUGCAAGCUUCUCCGAGGCAGCUCCGUACUACGGGGACCCAACCAUGCAUUCCGUCAGUCCGGAUCAAUGGACGGAAGCUCAACGUCAGAGUAUCAACCCUGACGCCCCCGACGCCGCGGGAAAAUACGUGAUCCCUAUGAUGAUGGCGUCGUUCGGGUAUCUACUUGUAGAGGUACCUGCCGACGCUGUGGUGAUCGAAUACGCACAACGUGAAUCGGUGCAUGUUCGUGGACGCAUUCAGUCGUGGAUCCACAGUGUUCGUAUGGGGUUCAAUGCACUGGGCGCCCUUGUAGUGGCCGUCGCGUUCAACGGCAUCGAAUAUGGCGGCUCCUUCGACUUCUCACUCACGUUUCCAGAGAUGAUGUUCAUCCUAGGUUGUCUCUGUCUACCGCUUGGACCUGCUGCUUGGUUCCUCGUGUACGAAGACCAAGUACAGACACCAAAGUUCAGUGCUUACAUGUCGAACUUCUGGGGGAUCUUGCAGAAGCGAGCAGUGUACCAAGUGGCGGCAUACAAGUUCUUCUCCGGAGUUUUCAACAGCUUUAACAUCGUGUCUUCCAGUAACAUCAAGCUAUUCUGGGUCCACGCCACGCCAUUCAACGCGAGCAUCAUGGCCAUUGCUGGCACGUUCGUGUAUGCUGGAACUCUUGCGGUGAUGGCUCAGCGUGGUCUCCACUGGAACUGGCACGUUGCUAUCGCCGCCACCGUCAUCUUUGGAGUAGUUACGGACGGCAUGAUGACUGUAUUGGUUACAUGGGAUGUCUGUCGCAGUCAGUGGUUCUGGCUUACCGUACCAGUCAUCGGAGACGUCCCUCACGCUAUGCGCUUCAUUGUUAGCAACUAUAUUGUGGUUGAACUGAUUGAAAGAGGCUCGGAAGGUGCCUUGUUUGGGCUCUUAACGACCGCCAACCACGUUUCCUCGCCGUUCGGACGCACUGCUGCCAAGUUCGUCAACGCUCGGUUCCACGUGUGGAAGGACGAUAUCCUGGCGGACACGUACGAGACUCGUCGAGAUGUCACCAUUACGAUCUGGAUCUGCUACGGCAUGAAGAUGGUGUCGCUCAUGUUUUUACCGUUACUGCCGAACCAGAGAGCUGCCACUCAAGCGCUCCGUCGUCAAGGAGGUGUGAGCAAACGUAUGGGCAUGUGGAUGGUGGGGAUCUUGAUGUUCGCCUUGGCUUGGCUGACAAUGGUGAACGUAUUGAGCAUGAACCCGGCGACAAAGUGCUGGGCCAUCACGGGAGGCUGCGCUCCGAAGUCACAUCACCCGAAGUUGCUGUAA